GUAAUGAGCGCGAAAUAGUGUGGUUAAUUAUUUUGGCGCCAAAUUUUUUCUUGUGUGUUUGAUAUUUUGUUUGUUUGUGAUUUGUCCAUCAAACAGCAACCUGAAGUUACCUUUUUUUUUCAGUUUCAUCAUUUAACAUUGUCGUGAUUUCAUAUAUAUCAAUAAUUUCGAUUUUUAUCUGAAAUUUUCUUAUUCAAUCUCAUUUCAUUUAUUUAACAAACAAAAAAAAAUGUUCGAAGCUAAAUUGGAUCGUGGUAUUGUUUUGAAAAAAAUUCUCGAUGCUAUUAAUCAAUUGGUUAAUGAAGCAAGUUGGGAAUGUACAUCAUCAGGAAUGUCAUUACAGGCUAUGGAUACAUCUCAUGUAUCAUUAGUUGCUGUUAAUUUGAAUGGUGAUGGUUUUUCCAAAUUUCGUUGUGAUCGUAAUAUGGUUCUUGGAAUGAAUCUUGUCAACCUUUCAAAAAUACUUAAAUGUGCCGGUAAUGAUGAUAAAGUUACUAUAAAAGCUGCUGACGGUGAUGACAAAAUUAAAUUGAUUUUCGAAGCACCAAACGAAUAUGAAGUAUCUCAAUAUGAGAUUAAAUUGAUGAAUUUGGAUGCUGAAUAUCUUGGUAUUCCAGAAACCUCUUACAAUGUAACAGUAAAAAUGCCUGCUGCAAAAUUUCAACGUAUCUGUCGUGAUCUAAAUCAGAUUGGUGAUGCUGUAACUAUUUCCUGUACAAAAAGUGGUGUUGAUUUUUCAGCCACUGGCGAUCUUGGCAAUGGUAGUGUUUCAUUAAGCCAGAAUAGUUCAUUCGAUAAACCGGAAGAUAAUGUAACCAUAUCGAUGCAAGAACCAUUAUCACAAACAUUUGCAUUGAAAUACCUUAAUCAAUUUACCAAAGCAACACCACUUUGUUCACAGGUUACACUUUCAUUAUCACCCGAUGUACCAUUGGUUGUUGAAUAUAAAAUCAUUGAAGAAAAUGAAGAAGAUUCAAAAAAUGAAAUUGGUCAUAUUCGUUAUUAUUUGGCACCAAAAAUCGAUGAUAAUGAAUAAUUUAUUCAUUCAUUUUUUUGUAUUUUCAUAUUUGAUCCACAUAAAUAGAUUGAUAAUAUGAGAAAACAAACAAUAAUUUCCACAAAUUUUAAAAGAAAAUUGUCAUUCUUUUUUUUCAUCUUAUUAUUAAUCAUCAUUAUUAUUAUUAUUAUUAUUAAUCAUAAAUACUAAUUUACUAAUGAGGACUAGAAC